AUGGAGGUGGACUCGCCAGAGUCGGCCGCCCCGACCACCCCCCCCACCCCAACCGUGGAAGGGAAGACAGCAACACCGGUACCCAUUUCCGAAACGACACACCCGCCCGCAGCGCUGUCGAAUCCGAUACGGACUGAAACGCCUGGAAAAGAGUCCUCGCUAUCAUCAUUAUCCUCUAUGUCCGAUCAAUACGAUCUCUCAUCCUCUGUGCCGUCUGGGUCGAGUAAGGCUACUACCCCCAUCGAUGGCGACAGCUCUAGAGAAGCCCUAGCGGCCGGUGUUCCUCGUUCCAGCCAGUCGAUAGACUCGCCAAGGCGGAAAUGGGAUGUGCGACCCAAGGUCUCUAUCCCUCCUGAUCUGCCACUCUCCGAAUAUGCGAUGCAGUGCGUCGCAGCUGCUGAGGCCUCGAGGCUCAACCCUUAUUCACUUCACCAGGAAGAGUACUUGAUGUUGCGGGACCAUAUCAGCCACGCUCAAGUGACGACCUACUUGAAUAUCAGGAACGGCAUUUUACGGCUCUGGGUCCGAAACCCACAAAUACCUGUUACGCGUGAAGAGGCUGUUGGCUGUGCGAAGGACUCGAGGUGGUUCGACGUCGCUGACGUCUGCUACGAUUGGCUUGUCCGUCGUGGUUACAUCAACUUUGGAUGCGUCGAGGUGCGGUCAUCACGUAAACACGCCAAACAAAACGACUCUUCCCAACGCAAGCAAAAAACGGUGGUUGUAAUCGGUGCGGGCAUGUCCGGCCUCGGUUGCGCGAGACAGCUGGAGGGAUUGAUUGCGCAGUACGGAAAGAAAUUUCGCAGUCUGGGCGAAGAGCCACCCCGGGUGGUUGUUCUCGAGGGCAGGGACCGAAUUGGCGGCAGAGUUUACUCUCGGGCCUUCAAGUCGAGGCCAAAACAAACGCCAGAUUUGUUUGAGGGAAAGAGAUACACCGCCGAGAUGGGAGGUAUGAUUAUCACCGGGUUCGAGCGAGGCAACCCCUUAAAUAUCCUUCUCAGGGGGCAGCUGGGCCUCGCCUACCACAUUUUGAGGCCAGAAACCACACUCUACGAUCCCAACGGCAAACCAGUAGAUCUACAUCGAGAUCAGUUAGUCGAGAAUCUUUACAACGACUGCCUCGAUCGAGUCAGCGAGUACAAGUUCAAGCAGCCAGCAUCGAAAUUGAUUGAGGCCAACAGAGAUUUGAUUGAUGAGGGCAAAGACAGUUCAGCCGAAACACAUAAAACAAUACGACAGAUGGAGGAAUCUGCUGCGGCCCAGCCGUAUGCAGCGCCCGUGUCAGAGCAGAAUAUUGCCCCACGAGUGAAUCUCGUGCCCGUCUCGACCGACCGAGCGACCGGAAAGAUACACACAGAGCCGGGGACGCCAGGCGCCCUCAAAGCAGCCCACAAAGCAAAGAUGAUAGGUUGGACACUGAAGCAGGGUGUCAGUGACGACGCAGACCUAGACAUCGAGACAGCGACUAAAGAGCCCGGCGCUACUCUCGGGAGCGUAACAGACAAAGUGAUUGCGCAGUACAAGGAUCUGUUGGACCUAACCGCGCAGGACUUUAGGCUCAUGAAUUGGCACAUCGCCAACUUGGAAUACAGCAAUGCAACCAACUACCGCCAGCUCAGCCUCCAAGGCUGGGAUAUCGACGCUGGCAACGAGUGGGAGGGGGGUCACUCCAUGGUUGUCGGCGGUUACCAGAGCGUGCCGAGGGGCUUAAUGCACUUGCCCACUUCUCUGAACGUCAAACAGAAGUCACCCGUCAGCAACAUCACAUACACGUCUGGUGGCACAACAGGCCCGGCGACGGUGACGUGUGAAGAUGGCUCCAUUGUAGAAGCCGAUUUUGUUGUAAGCACUAUCCCUUUGGGCGUGCUGAAGCACGGGAAUGUGAAAUUCGAGCCGCCACUCCCCUCGUGGAAAUCGGACGCCAUCGACCGCCUUGGCUUUGGCGUCCUGAACAAGGUGAUCCUGGUGUACAAGGAGCCCUUCUGGGACGAGGACCGCGAUAUUUUUGGCGUGUUGAGGAGUCCUACCAUCCGCCACAGCCUAGACCAGAAGGACUAUGCCUCUCAACGGGGACGUUUCUUCCAGUGGUUUAAUGUCACGAAAACCAGUGGCUUACCAGUGCUAAUCGCGCUUAUGGCCGGAGACGCGGGAUUCGACACGGAACAGACUUGCAAUGACGACCUCGUCGCCGAGGCCACCAGCAUCCUUCGCAGCGUUUACGGGUCUCGCGUCCCCCACCCCAUCGAAGCGGUCGUCACGCGCUGGGCCUCGGACAAGUUUGCUCGCGGCAGCUACUCAUCUGCGGGCCCGGACAUGAAGGCCGACGACUACGACACCAUGGCCCGCCCGAUUGGCAACCUUUUCUUCGCCGGCGAACACACUUGCGGCACACACCCGGCCACCGUCCACGGUGCUUAUCUCUCCGGCCUGCGCGCCGCCUCCGAAGUCCUCGACGCCAUGAUCGGCCCUAUCCACGUCCCCACCCCGCUCAUCCUCCCAAGAGACCACGGCACCAAACGCAAAGCCAGCUCCCUCCUAGAAGGAACAGGCCACCCCAACAACCCUAACACUAACACCACCAACAAAGAUUCCGCCCAAGCCCGCCUCGAAGCCUACGAGGCCCGCCUCUGGGAGCACAUCACCACUCAACUCGGCCCACGUCCCCUGCCCCCCGCCAAACCCGCCACCAACGCCUACAUCUUCUACAGCAAAGCCCACUACGACGACGCGCGCGCGCGCCUCGAGGCGGCCCGCCGCCCGGGCAAGGGCAAGCCCUCGGCCAACGAGGUGCGCGUCAUGAACGCCAAGAUGUGGCGCGAUGCCAGCGACGAGGUCCGCAGGCCCUUUCUGGAGGCGGCCGAGGAGCAGAAGCGCGCGCACGCCGCUGCGCUGGAGGCGCACAAGGCUGCAGCCGCGGCGUGGGAUGCUAUGGCGAUUGUGGUGAGGCGGAACUGGGUGGCGGAGAAUCCGGAGGAGGGGGAGGGUUCGGGGGCUGGUGGUGGUGGUUUUGAAGAUGUUAAAAAUGAAUUUUAG